UUGUAGGCAAUUUCAAAUUUUCAUAUUGCGGGGAGAGAAAUUUAUUUUAAGUAAAUUUUAUUUUGUCUAGCAAAGGAGAGGCGAAGAGGCAGAAGAGGAAAGAAUCCUAUUUCUAUUUCACCAUUCGUUUCUUCUACCGACUGUGGCGAUCUGAAGGUUCUUGUGAUUAACUUGGGAAAUAUUGCAAUCAGCUUAUAUUGAACACGGAGCUGGAAAAUAUGCUGUUACAGAACUUGAUCCCAAUUGCAGUUGAAUCUGCUCUGCCUUUUGCUUCCAAUAAUGGGAAUAAAGAAUUAUUAUGUGAGUGGGUGCCUGCAAAAGCCUGGAAAAGUUGUUCAGAACAAGGUGAAUUCCAUCAGGAUGGUUUAAACCCUUUGAUGAAUGGCAAUUCUUAUGCAAUUACUGAAUCAAAUGGAAUGUGCAAACGAAGAAAGCUUCAGAAAAUGUCUCUUGUAGUUUCCCCUUUAGAACAAAAAGCUGAUGGAUUAACUAUUGACACAGUAAAGGGUGGUCCGCUAAAGGCUAAUGUUGAAUAUGGAAUUGAUGAUGGAGCUGGUGAUCGAGCUUGUGUCUCACCCGUUGAAAGAUGCAUUGAAGCCAUUGGUAGCAACUAUAAGUCUCUUGAUAAAGAGUAUAGUGAAUCUCUAUCAUCAAACCCUGACAGAAAGGAGAGUACUGUUACUUCCCCAACCACAAGGACGGAAGCUAUCAGUGCUGUAGAACGUCCUGUUUCUAAGUGGCUGUUGUCAGGUGAAGAUCUCCCAAUAAGAGAUAUCUGCAUUUCUGUUCUUAGAAGUCAUGGGCUGCUUGUAGGAGAUCAGACUGUGAAUAGUAGUGUUCCCACUAAAGUUCCAGGUAUUAACGAAUGUAGCAAAAUUUUCCUGUCUUGUAAAUUAUGUGGUAAUUUGGAUCAUACAUCAUGUAUGUUGCUAUGUGAUCACUGUGAAGAUGCAUUUCAUGUGUCUUGCUGCCAUCCAAAGACGAAGGUGUUGCCCACUGAUGAGUGGUUUUGUCAACCUUGUUCAAAGUCAAUUGAUAAAGCUUCGCUGGAGGCCCCUUUUCUAAAAUCACAAAACAUCAAUUGGUGGAAAGGAAUUACUAAUUUUAAAUUGGAUCCAAUUGCAUCCAUGUUAAAAUAUCCUGAGUUGUAUACAUCUCGUGUUAGAAUUGGUGAUUCUUUCCAAGCAGCAGUUCCUGAAUGGUCUGAUCAGUUCUCCGGGUAUUCUGAUUGCAUUGGUGAGCCAUUGGAAAUGGAUCCAGCAGAGACUAUUGGCUUACAUGGAUUCCUUACAGACAAAUAUAUGAGGUCCAAUUCUAUCAGUAACUGGCUUCAAUGUCAAGAAGUCAUAUGCGAUGGCACAAGGAAAUUUGUUGAUGGAAUCAUAUGUGGGAAGUGGCGCAGGGCACCUCUCUCCGACGUCCAAACUGAUGAUUGGGAUUGUUCUUGCUCUGUUCUUUGGGAUCCAUCCCAUUCAGAUUGUGCUGUUCCUCAGGAGUUGGAAACAAAUGAAGUGUUACUGCAAUUGAAGUAUAUAGAGCAGUUUCAAACUACUGUGCAGUUGAGAUCUCGCCUUGCUGCUAAAAAGAGUGAAUUCCAUUGUUAGAAAAUGAUGGUGACGUAUUGAACAUAAUGCAAAAUCACAGUCCCUUGGCAACUGAGGCAUAACAUGCCUGUGCAGUUUGUCAGCAGAAUUUUCACGCAGAAUCUGGGUCCAUUCUCCCUGUCAAAUACAAGUUUUCGUCUUGUGGCUCUUAUGGAUAGCUGUCAUGAGCAAUUGAUGUUGUAAUUAGAUGUGCAAUUUGUUUUGAUAAUUUUUUCGGACAAAAGAAGUGCUCAAUAAUCAUUUUUCUUUUGGUUUUCUUUUUGAUUCUCAAGGAGGUUUGCUGGACUCCAGCUGCAUAAUUUUUCUCA